AAUAUGUCAGUUGUCAAAUGGUGGACCUCACGAAAAUCUGAUUUCCGAAUAAUAUAAUUGUGAUAUUAUUCAUGGAAAAUGGCUUCACUUUUAAUUAAAAAGGCAUUUUUACUGAAACCAAAUGCUUUAAAGAAAUCUGUUGUUAUUAUAAGCAAUGCAACACGAAACCAUUGGAACUAUCAAUAUAAACCUGGUCAAUAUCCUAAGACACCAGAGGAAAGGGAAGCAGCAGCAAAGAAGUAUGGUUUAACAAUAGAGGAAUACCAACCAUACCCAGAGGACAUGGGAUAUGGAGAUUAUCCCAAACUUCCAGACAUUGGUGCAGACUCGAAAGAUCCACAUUAUCCCUAUGAUAACCCUGAGCUGAAAAGAAACUUCAAUGAGCCUUUUCAUGCAAUUUCAGAGAUAAUAGGAGAGGAUCGCUAUGACAUUAGCAUGAAACCAAGAAUCCCAGUCUGGCAACAAUGGUGUUGGUUUUUCGGAGUUAUUGGAGGUUUCUUUGGUAUAUUCUAUUAUUUAGAAGAUUACAAAAUUGGUAGACCAGUCACUGCCAAACAGUACCCUCAAGAUGGACCCCACUAUUUAUUCAAUGCAAACUGAUUUUCAAUUGAUAUAGCUAAUUUAAAAUUUACAUAUUAUUAGUAACAAAAAAUAAAUAGAUUUAAACUUA